GAGCAGCAGCGGGAGAUAAACACGUGUUUCUUUCCUCGGUCAGGAACCAUCUGACGGAGCGAGGCGUGCCGAUAUGAGUGUGGCUGCGGACGAAUCGCUGUCGGAGGAGGAGGAGGAGGAGGAGAUGGAGGACCAGCAGCAGGAGGCGGCACAGGAAGACAAGUCGAGUCCAAACAAAAGCAGCUCCAAAAUAUCCGCUGCAGGUGAAAUCAUUGAAGGCAAGCGGGCAAAGAAGACGGUGGAGAGGCUCGACUUCCAGGCCCCGAAGCACAAGGAGAAGCUCAAGACAGGAGAUGGAAGCGGAGAUAAGUUAGGAGACAUUCGACGCACGUGUUUACAGAUCACCAAGAUGAAGACGGCUGACCUGAAGCCUCUGCACGCCAUCCUGUUCGACAGGCCGGGGAAGACGGCGAUUUUAAAGAAGAACCUGCGUCUGUUUAACGGCUUUCCCUUUGCCGCGGACAGCGAAGAGUUCACAAAUAAACGAGAAAAACUUCUGAAGAAUUCCAACUUCACCAACACCAAGCUGAAGGUUGUCUGCGGGGUUCUGGAUCUGGAGAAGAAAGGAAACCACUCGGAUCUCGUCGACAGGAUCCUGACGUUCCUCACCGAACCCAAAAACAGCGGGAAGCGUCUGCCGGUAAAGAAGAAGAGGAAGUCGAAGAAGAAACUGUCAGGCGACGACUCGAAGGCCAGCGCCAAGAAGAGCACACCCAAAACCCAGAGCUCCUCGUCCAGUCCCAAGAAGACCAAAGCAGGAAGCAAGUCCAAAGCCAUCGUCAUGGACUCCAGCAGCGACGAGGACGACAAAGACGACGAGGAAGAGGAGAAGGCGGCGACUUCGGCCGGGGCUGAGGAGUCGGAGACCGAGGAGAAACCUUCAGAGGAGAGGGAGGACCAGUCCGACAAGUCAGAGGAGUCUGAGGAGGAGGAGUCUGAAGAGGAGUCUGAGGAGGAGUCUCCCAAAUCAAAGCCGGCCAGAGGGAAGUCGCCCCCCAAAAAGUCAGCCCCCGUGAAAAGGCAGCGGACAACAGCGAAGAAGACGUCUCCUCCUAAAAAGAGAGCGAGGAAGGAAGUGUCAGACGAGUCCAACGCUGACAGUGAAGCUGACGAGAAGCCCAAGAAGAAGGCCGCCAGACCUGCCGCCAAAACCAAGAAGGCCGACAGCAACAGCAAAACCAACACAAAGACAGCAGAGGACAGCUCUGAUGACGACGAGCCGCUCAUCAAGAUGAUCAAGAAAGCUCCGAGCGACGAGCAGCUGAAGGAGACGGUGCAGAGUCUGCUGAAGGAGGCCGACCUGGAGCAGAUGACCAUGAAACAGAUCUGCCAGAGGGUGUUUGACACCUACCCAGAACACAACCUGGCCAACAAGAAGGAUUACAUCAAACAGGACCGUCAAAUCUCUCAUCACAUGAAGAUCUGAAGAGGAGCGAUCGCUGCAGAACAUCACGGGGAAGCGUCUCCAUUGAGUCACAUCACGGGGGGCGUCUCCAUUGAGUCACAUCACGGGGGGGGCGUCUCCAUUGAGUCACAUCACGGAGGGGCGUCUCCAUUGGAGUCACAUCAGUUUGUUUUCAUGUCAAACUGUUUCAUACGAGUUGUUUUAUAACGGUGUGACUUGAGUUUAGAUUUCCAGAAUAGCUCAACGUGGGUUAGGCUUAGGUCAUGGUUUGGCUAGAUUUAUUUUUCUACAUUGAUUUCCCUCGGAGUAAAGUGUGCGAGUUGUUUCCGCAGCAAAGUCCAGUAGCUCUCUUAUGUGACGCCAAAUCAGAUCUUUGCCUCGCAAGGACGUCACGUUUUUAUUUCUGGAUGAAGAUUUGUAAAUAUGUGUUUCUAAUAAGGUGCAGCUGUUUUUCAUGAAGUCAUUCGGUCAUCUAUAAAAGCUGUUUUUGUACGCUUGGUUCCUUUGCUCCAUCAAACAUUACUUCACAGUUUAAAGUCCUUAAACUAAUCUUCUGUACUUACUAAUGAUUAAAAUUGUACUUUUUAACUAAA